GGCGUCUCCUUCCGGGGUGCCCGGAGCGCGGUCGGCGGCGGUUCUGCGGUGUGGGCCCAGGGGACCGGUGGGCGCCAUGGCUCGAAACGCGGAAAAGGCCAUGACGGCCUUGGCGAGAUUUCGGCAAGCUCAGCUUGAGGAAGGAAAAGUUAAGGAACGAAGACCUUUCCUUGCAUCAGAGUGUAAUGAAUUGCCUAAAGCUGAGAAAUGGAGGCGACAGAUCAUUGGGGAAAUUUCCAAGAAAGUGGCGCAGAUUCAAAAUGCUGGAUUAGGCGAAUUCAGAAUUCGGGACCUGAACGAUGAAAUAAACAAGCUUCUGAGGGAGAAAGGACACUGGGAAUUCAGAAUAAAGGAGCUAGGAGGUCCUGAUUAUGCUCGGAUUGGACCAAAAAUGUUAGAUCAUGAAGGGAAGGAAGUUCCAGGAAACAGAGGCUACAAGUAUUUUGGAGCUGCAAAGGAUUUACCAGGAGUUAGAGAACUUUUUGAAAAGGAACCCCUCCCACCACCUCGGAAAACUCGAGCUGAGCUUAUGAAAGCCAUUGAUGCAGAAUACUAUGGCUACAGGGAUGAAGAUGAUGGUAUUCUGGAGCCACUGGAACAAGAACAUGAAAGGAAAGUUAUAGCAGAAGCAGUGGAAAAAUGGAAAAUGGAGAGAGAAGCACGACUUGCAAGAGGUGAGGAGGAAGAGGAGGAGGAAGUAAAUAUCUAUGCUGUCAACGAUGAUGAGUCGGAUGAGGAUGGUGCCAAGGAAAAAGACGGUGAAGAAGGGCAACAGAAAUUUAUUGCACAUGUUCCAGUGCCAUCUCAACAGGAGAUUGAGGAAGCUCUUGUACGGAGAAAGAAGAUGGAGCUUCUUCAGAAGUAUGCCAGUGAAACCCUCAUGGCACAGAGUGAAGAAGCAAAAACACUUCUAGGAUUGUAACAUUGCACCAGUACCUCCUGGGGUUUGUAUAAUUGAUCUAAAAGCAACAGGUUCAUGUAUUCUGGUAGCAAUCACUUUUAGCUCUGAAAGUCCCUUUGGAUGUUAAGAGUAAACUGAUGAAGUUACAGCGUGUUCUGCAGGCAGACCAUCAUUUUGGUUUAUUCACUAGGAUGACUUGCACUCCAGUGCUGAAAAAGAUCAAACCUGGGUUAACUUGUCUCUACAUCCUCAGCAGCUGUCCUCAAUCCUUUCACUUUGUGAAACGGUUUGUGCAGUGAUGCCUCUUACAGACAGAACUGCAAACCCAGUAACUUCUUAAAUCCUGACGGAAAACUGACUGAUGUUACUACCGUUCUGUCUGCUGUAUCCUGACUGUAAGUGUACGUGUCUUUCUCAUGUUGAUUUUUGCUGAGCUGAGUCCAGAAGUAACUCACUCUAUUAUGCCUGGUUCGUUUACCAGAAUGGCCUAGAACCUGUUUUAGAGGUACCUCGAUGGCAGAUCUUACAAGUGAGUUCGAAGUUGAUUUGGUUCUUCAUAUAACACAUGCAAUAUGUCUAAAAGCUGUUACCCUUUUUGUGGGUUGUAACUGUGCCUGGACAAAUUGCUUAAAUGCUGGAUAUUUCAGCAACUAUUGUAAAUACUUCCAACAUUGCAAUACCUUGUUCAAAUAUUUUUAGUAAAACUUAUUUACAACCUGAUGUCUUGUUUCAUUCUAGCUCAAAGGAUUGUGUUGUUUCCCUAAUCGUAGCCAAAGAAUGGGAUCAUCAACAGCCAUCCAUGUAGGGAUUUGAAGCUCUGCAUCCCCUGCUGCUCUUAGCUUGUGUAUCCUGUGACAAGAGGCAGAUCACAGCAGAGCCUGUUCAGAGUCUUAUGGGUGACUUAACAUUGUUACACAGGUCUGAAUGAGUGAAACUUUAAAUUGGACAUCUGCAGCCAUGGAGUGGGAGUGCUAUCGAAGGAAUAUAGUAUUUAACAACCAAGUAAUCAUGUCUUGGGACUAUCUAGAGUUUAGAGAUGCUCUUAGUAUUCAGCACUAUCUAUUGUAAAUAAUCCGCUCCAGAACAAUCGAAGCUCUAAAUUACAGAGGCAAG